GUGUAAGACCUAGCACACUCUUCCGUCCAGAUCAGAGACUCCUCACAGGCACGCGCGCUUCUCUCCCACCUUCUGGAAAGAAGGACUUACUUCCGACCAAAGUUUCAUUCACCCUCUGUUUAAUUAAAGACUUUUAUCUAUAUUGAGCGCGCGAUGGCAGAUGAGCAGGUAUCUAGAGGGGAACGGAAGGAUUCCAGCGGAGAGCUUCAUCGUGAAGAACCGGCUCUGGCUAAUGGACUGACCGCCCACCAGAAGAGCGCAGGGGAGAGUCUGGCGCAAAGGAUAAAGAGGAUAGUUCUGGGAAAUCUGCUGGUGAUCCUGACCGUCUCCGCGGUCAUCACUGGCGUAAUAAUUGGACUCGCUGUGCGAACCGCAGAACUGAACCAGACCCAGAUCAUCUACUUUGGGUUCCCGGGGGAGCUGCUGGUUCGCCUGCUGAAGAUGAUCAUCAUCCCGCUGGUGGUGUGCAGCUUGGUGUCGGGGGCUGCCAGCAUCGACCCCAGGGCACUGGGUAAACUAGGCGGCUGGGCGAUGCUGUUCUUCUUGGUGACCACGCUGAUCUCCUCUGCUAUCGGGGUCAUCAUGGCCUUGAUUAUCCGGCCCGGAUCUUCUGAAAGCGGCCAGUCUAAAAUCGCCGCGCAGGGGGACGACAUUCCGGAGGCCAAGGAGGUGGUGGACUCGUUUUUAGACCUGAUAAGAAACAUAUUUCCCUCCAACUUAGUGGCUGCUGCAUUUCAGUCUUAUGCUACAUUUUAUAAAACAAUAAAUGCUACCAACAUUACUUUGGAAAAGGUUCCGUCAGGCAAAGAUGUGGAUGGUAUGAACAUAUUGGGCCUGAUAGUGUUUGCCAUGGCGUUUGGUGUGGCGUUAAGAAAGCUGGGGGAGGAAGGAGAGAUUCUCAUGAAGUUUUUUAACUCCUUUAAUGAAGCCACCAUGGUGCUUGUGUCUUGGAUUAUGUGGUAUGCUCCACUGGGUAUCAUGUUUUUAGUGGCUGCAAAAAUUGUUGAGAUGGAAGAUGUUGGGGAGCUGUUUGCUAGCCUGGGGAAGUAUAUUGCCUGCUGCAUGAUUGGCCAUGCAGUGCAUGGCUUACUUAUUCUUCCACUCAUCUACUUUGUAAUCACUCGGAAGAACCCCUACACCUUCCUUUUGGGACUGAUUACUGCUCUGGCCACAGCUUUUGGAACAUCUUCCAGUUCUGCAACAUUGCCUCUUAUGAUGAAGUGUGUGGAGGAGAACAACGGGGUAUCCAAGCAUAUCAGUCGCUUUAUCCUACCCAUUGGUGCCACUGUCAACAUGGAUGGGGCUGCCUGUUUCCAGUGUGUGGCUGCUGUCUUUAUUGCCCAGCUGAAUCAAAUUCCUCUUAACUUUGUACAGAUCAUCACCAUACUAGUAACUGCCACAGCAUCCAGUGUAGGAGCCGCAGGAAUCCCUGCUGGAGGUGUUUUGACAUUGGCCAUCAUCUUGGAGGCAGUCGGAUUGCCCACCCAUGACAUCUCUCUCAUUUUGGCAGUUGACUGGCUUGUGGAUCGUACCUGCACAGUUAUCAAUGUGGAGGGUGAUGCUUUUGGGGCGGGGCUGCUGCAGCAUUUUGUGGACCGCACUAGUGAAAAGGAGGGAGUAGAGUUGAGCGAGGUGCGAUUAGGUGAGGAAGAUGUCCUGUCGAAGCCUGAGCGUUCUCCUCUGAUGGAAAGACCCCUUGAAGUUGAAGUGGCUGGACCACGGCCCAGUGAAAAAGAGUCAAUCAUGUAGAGUUUUUAAUUAUUGUUCACUCCAAGGGAAGUAAUCCAUCUGUGAUUGUUCCUCAUGCCUAACCAUAUUUUAUCUCUAACAAAGUUCAAAAUCUUUACAAACUUUUCAGGAGAGGAAUUUAAAACAGGUCAUUUUUUCCAAAUUCAUUUUUACUCUUUAUUUUAUUUUAUUAGUUUUUACUGCACAAUACAUGCAUGUUAUACAGACCUGAUUAUUAAGUUGGCUUGGAAAAGCUCCUCCCACAGCUUUUGACGUAGAAUCACGAAAUUUUGCAGUAUCUUUGCAGUAUCAAGCUAUCAGUAGCUUGUGCUUUUUGAAGCGAUACAUCGUACGGUUUUCGUAAAAACUUCGUAAACUUACGCAUUUUUUUCCCAUAGGAAUGAAUGGGGCGAAAUAUUAAACGUCCGUAACCGCCACAAUUUUUGAGAUACGAACACCAAAUUCGGUGAGCUUAUAGAUCUUAUCGAGAUCUUUAAAUUAAUAGGAAAUAAUUGGAAAGUGAUACGACGUACGGUUUUCGUACAAUUGUCGUACGAAGUUUUCCCAUAGAAAUGAAUGGGGGGCCCAGAGUUCCAUCUCGCACACGAGCAGCUCUGCGCACGGAACCCCUUCUCUCCCCUGCUCCUCCAGUACUGUGAGUGUAUGGAGGAGCUGCUGUAUGGAGCAGCUAUCAGUCAAAAGUUUGGACACCCCAGCACACCAGCCAGGGCUAAGCGACCACUUAUUAACUGCUUAGCAACCACCUUAGCAACCACCUGGAAAACGUAAGCAACUGCCUAGCAACCACUUAGUAACCACCUGGAAUACAUUAGCAACUUCCUAGCAACCACUUUAGAAAUUAUAGCAACUGCCUAGCAACCAGUUAGCAACACCUUAGCAACCACCAGGAAAACGUUAGAAACUGCCUAGCAACAGCUUAGCAACCACUUUAGAAAUGAAAGCAACUGCCUAGCAACCACUUAGCAACAGCUUAGCAACCACCUGGAAAAUGUUAGCAACUGCCUAGCAACCACUUAAGAAACGAUAGCAUCUGCCUAGCAACCACUUAGCAACACCUUAACAACCAUUAGGAAAACGUUAGCAACUGCCUAGCAACCACCUAGCAACACCCUAGCAACCACCUUGCAACCACCCCGGAUACCAUAGCAACACCUUAGCAACCGCCUAGCAACACCUUAGCAACCGCCUAGCAACACCUUAGCAACCACCUAGCAACACCCUAGCAACCACCCCGGAUACCAUAGCAACACCUUAGCAACCACCUAGCAACACCUUAGCAACCACCUAUCAACACCCUAGCAACCACCUAGCAACCACCCCGGAUACCAUAGCAACACCUUAGCAACCACCUAGCAACCACCUAGCAACACCUUAGCAACCACAGCGGAUACCAUAGUAACACCUUAGCAACCGCCUAGCAACACCUUAGCAACCACCGCGGAUACCAUAGCAACACCCUAGCAACCACCUAGCAACACCUUAGCAACCAUCUAGCAACCACCCCGGAUACCAUAGCAACACCUUAGCAACCACCUAGCAACACGUUAGCAACCACCUAGCAACAUCUUAGCAACUAUCCCAGAUACCAUAGCAACACCUUAGCAACAACCAAGCAACACCUUAGCAACCACCUGGUAUAUGUUAGCAAUUUCCUAGCAACCACUUAGCAACCACUUUAGAAAUUAUAGCAACUGCCUAACAACCAGUAAGCAACACCUUAGCAACCACCAGGAAAACGUUAGAAACUGCCUAGCAACAGCUUAGGAACCACUUAGCAACCACCUGGAAAACGUUAGCAACUGCCUAGCAACCACUUUAGAAACGAUAGCAACUGCCUAGCAACCACUUAGCAACACCUUAACAACCCCUAGGAAAACGUUAGCAACUGCCUCGCAACCACUUAGCAACCACUUUAGAAAUGAAAGCAGCUGCCUAGCAACCAGUUAGCAACAGCUUAGCAACCACCAGUAAAACAUUAGCAACUGCCUAGCAACAGCUUAGCAACCACUUCAGAAAUGAUAGCAACCGCCUAGCAACACAUUAGCAAUCAAAAGUUUAACCAAACGUUUUUAGAUUUCAGCGUUUAACCAAAUGUUUUUAGAUUUCAGCAUUUUUAGCAUUUAGCAUUUAGCCAAAGGUUAACAGCAUAUCAGUGACCCUUCACACUCUUCAGACAGAAACAGCUUAGCAACCAUUUUAACUUUUUAACGUUAUUAGGGUUCUUUUCCAAGCCAACUUAAAGUUCGUUCACGAACUUUACCUUUUCUAGUUUUAUUUGUUUUUCUUUAUUUGUGACUGAUACUCCCGAGAUUAUUUUUUUCUUCUGGAAACUCUAGUAAAGAGCUGGCCCUGUGCCUUUUGUAUGAACUUGCGUUCAGAGAAUGAGUUUGAAAUUACUAUUUUGUUUGACCUAUAGUAUGUAAAUCUUUUGAUGUAAAAUGGCUUUUGUCAAAUCAAAGCACACAUUAGAACUGUUUCAAAUUAAGCUGAACCUGGUUGUAAGGCUUUCAUGAUAUUGAUUUGUAUGUGCUUUAAUCACUCCUGUAGAAUAUUCCUUUUUUUAUAUUUAUGAAACUUUGUCCCUCUUUUGAGGCAGUUAUAUUAUUUUAUAAUUGUAAGUUUUAAAAUGUAUUUAACCUAUUUUCUUUACUUUUCAGAAGUGAUUAAUCAUGCUUAUUUGUGAUUAUAUAUGUUUAUAAGUGACUAUAUCCUCAGGUUUGGUCAGAAAUAUCUCAGUGCUACUGUUAUAAACACAGACUUUUUUUUUAAACCUAAAAAAAAAUAUGCUGCAAUAAGCCCAGAAGUGGAAGGAAGAAGUCUCCUUUAGCACAGACUGUGUAUUAUCAGGCUCAAUAAUAUUACAGAUUGCAAAGUGAAAAUAUUACCUUGGUUUUGACUGGAUUAUUUAUUCAACCUGCAUGUUCUGUUUAUUUAUACAUUAUGAAGUGCUGUUUUCAUACAUUUGUAUUAGCAAAUAUAUGUCCAACAAUGUUCUGUAGUCAACUACGUUCACUGAUCAGCCAGAACAUUUAACUCAUUUUGAUUUAGCCCUUAUUUCAACUCUUCUGAUCAUACAGGAGGAAGCUGUAGUUAUAUAAUGACACACUGUAGUCCUACCACUGAUGAAGAACUAGAGUUUGAUGAACACUGUAAACUGUGCAGCAACAGAUUCAGAGCUUCUGUCUCUGACGUUACUUUAUCUACAGGGUGGAGCAGCUGUAGGUAGGAGUGUGUAACAGAGUGGAGGAGAGUGAGAGAUUAAACACAGUGUUUAAAAACUCCAGCAGCACUGCUGUAUCUGAUCCACUCACUGUACCAGAACAACACACACUAACACCUCAUACACCACCACCAUGCUAAUCAGUGCUAAUCACUGCAGUGCUGAGAAUAAUGACCCACCACCCAAAUAAUAAUAACAGCUGCUCUGUGGUGGUUUUCUCUCCUGUGGGGUUCUGAGUAUUAAAGAACAGGGUGAAAAGAGCACAAUAAUAAAGUAUACAGAGAACAGAACCGAUACAGAACUACAAUCUGUUAUUUUAAAACUACAAAGUGCAAUAUAUGAUCAGUGAGUUUAGAAAAGGAUGUGGUUUUAAUGUUGUUAAUCAGUAGUUAAUCAGUGUAUAUCAAGAUAUUGAGUGUAUGGUAUGCUUUCAGUCUAUUUGUCUGUCUUUCACGUUUUUAUGUUGACUUUAGUUUGCCUUUAUGAAGUGUCAUACAUGAUCAACUUUUCUGUGCUCAGUUGGAAAUAUCUGAAGUGUCAAGAGUGUAUAUAUCUGCAGUAGAGUUAUGCAGUUGGAGGCUAAUCAUUCCAAUAUUUUGUGGUGAGAACAUUAUGCCAGUGAUUUAUGUAAAUGCUGAUGGUUUUGUUGUGGCUGAAAUGAAAGAGAUUUAUCUUACAGACUAUGCAGAAUGUACUUGUUACUGGGUUUAAAUAAAGUAUUUUAUAUUUAA